GGCCCGGUCCGGCUCGGCUCGGCUCGGCUCGGCUCGGCGCGGCGCUGCCCGGGCGGUCGCGGAGCGGGGGCUGGCGCUUUGCUUCGGAAGUGGGAUUCGUGCCUGUGUGCACCGCGUCCUGCAGCGCAAGUACUCCUGUUCCCCGCUCCGGGGGGCACCGGGGCCGGGCGGAGAAGUUGAACUUGUAUCACAAGUGGAAGUGGCAUAGCAUCUUUAAAGAGUGUAUAGAGCAGCAAAGCAAGAGCAGUGUGGACAGUAUGCUCAUCUGAGAGCAAGUGUGUUCCUGGGUUGUGGUUGCUCAUCUGCAGUGUCUCUAAAAAAAAAAACCUCAAAUGUGCUGUGAGUCAAAAAGGAGGUUUUUGCUCCUCUAUGCAACACAAAAGGGGCAGGCAAAAGCCAUAGCUGAGGAAAUAUGGCAGCAAGCAGGUGCCCAUGGACUUGAAGCUGAUAUGCACUGUAUAAAUGAAAUGGAUAAGUAUAACCUGGAAACAGAAAAGGAUCCUGUAGUUAUUGUUAUUUCCACUACUGGGACUGGAGACCCGCCAGACACUGCCCGCAAGUUUGUAAAGAAAAUUCAAGACAAGACCUUGCCUCCUGACCAUUUUGCACAUCUCCAGUAUGGAUUGCUAGGUCUGGGAGAUUCAGAGUACAUGUUCUUUUGUAAUGGUGGAAGGACAGUAGACCGCCGACUUCAAGAACUUGGUGCCCAGCACUUUUAUGACACAGGAUUAGCAGAUGAUUGUGUAGGUUUGGAAUUGGUGGUUGAUCCUUGGAUUGAUGGACUUUGGCUUGCCCUCAAGGAAGCAUUGCACUUGCAGAAAGAGAAAGAAGGCAUGAACAGUGCUGUCGAUGCUGUUUCCAGCUCUCUCUCUCCCACUCUGCAUACUGUGCAUGAACUAAACCUCAGCUCUGAAAUACAGAACUUGAAGCUAGAAGAUGGGGGAGCAAGGGGUUCUGAUGUUCUGUCACAGAAACUGGAUGACAUCAAUCUUGUGGCUCCAGCUAGAGACACCGAACCUUCACUCAUUCAUUCUGUCCCUCCUGUCUCUCAGUCUGCUCUUAAUAUUCCUGCCCUGCCACCAGAAUAUAUAGAGGUGCAGUUUCAGGAUGCCCAGGAUGAGAAUCCACAUCUGCCUUCACUUACCUCAGAGGGAACAACCUUUGAAGUGCCAGUUACAAAAGCAGUUCAACUCACUAGAGAAGAUGCAAUAAAAACUGCAUUGCUCUUAGAGCUUGAUAUUGCAGAUACAGCCUUUGAGUACCAACCUGGAGAUGCCUUCUGUGUAAUAUGUCCCAACAAUGGCAGUGAAGUGGAAGAGCUUCUUCACAUUUUGGGACUUUCUGAAAAAGGAGACAACUUGGUUUGUGUAAAAGUUAAGCAGGGCACUAAAAAGAAAGGAGCAUCUCGUCCACAACACAUCCCUGAAAGAAGCACUCUCAAAUUCAUUCUAAACUGGUGUCUGGAAAUAAGAGCAAUUCCCAAAAAGGCAUUUUUGCGAGCUCUUGUAGAGUGUACCAGUGAUGCGUCAGAGAAACGGAGGCUUCAAGAGCUUUGCAGCAGACAAGGAGCCUCUGAUUACACUCGCUUUAUUAGAGAUUCUAAUGUUUGCCUCCUGGAUUUACUUCAUGCUUUUCCAAGCUGCAAGCCUUCACUUAGCCUGUUAAUUGAACAUCUUCCUAAAUUACAAGCCAGAUCCUAUUCAGUGUCAAGUUCAAACUUGUAUCAGCCAGGAAGGCUGUGCUUUGUAUUUAAUGUUGUGGAGUUCCCUGCCAGUCCCUCUAGACCAGUCUCACGGAAAGGAGUAUGUACAGGGUGGCUUGCUGAGUUAGUUGCACCUCUACUGCACCCCAGUAAAAGCACUCUGGAUACAAAAGGAGAAAGCUCUUCAACUGAAAAGAUAACUAUUUUUCCUCGUCCAAACAAUGCUUUCCACUUACCUGCAGACCCAUCUGUCCCAUUCAUUAUGGUUGGUCCAGGAACAGGAAUUUCACCAUUUAUUGGUUUCUUACAACAUAGGCAAAAGCUCAGAGAACAACAUCCAGACUGGAAAUUUGGAGAGACAUGGCUGUUUUUUGGUUGUCGGCAUCAGGAUCGAGACUAUUUGUUCAAAGAUGAGCUCAGAUGUUUUCUUGAAAAUGGAACGUUAACUUAUCUCAAGGUUUGUUUCUCGAGAGACUCUUCAACUGUGGAAGUAGCCCCACCUAAAUACGUGCAAGAUGUCCUUAGGCUUUGUGCUAAGGAAGUUGCCAGAGUCCUGCUGAAAGACAGAGGUUACUUCUAUGUAUGUGGAGAUAAGAAGCAUAUGGCUGAUGAUGUAAGCGAUGCCGUAGUAGACAUUUUAAGCAUGGAAAUGGAAGCUGACAAAUUGGAAGCAAUGAAAAUUCUGGCUAUGCUUCGAGAAGCAAAACGAUAUUUGCAGGAUGUUUGGAGCUAAAUAUUUAGCUUUUCCUGUGCCUUUGUAAUACAAAAGACUUCCUUUCACACAUAUAUUUUUGACUAAAAGUUAUUGUCAAAAUUUCUGUCGGUAGUCACACACAAAGGUUAACUUUCUCUAUUGACCUUUCAAACAGGAGCAUGAAACCUUUUAAAUGACAACAAACCAGGCUGGCCUUUGAAGUAUAUGGUUUUUUAGAGAUGUUACAUAAUGGGCUGUCUCAGUGCCUUGAUUUUCUCAUCUUAAGUUUGGGUUGCUAUAUAAACUAAAAACUUCUGCACUUGUACAAGCAUAAUUGUAUGUUGACAUUACAUCAUGUAUCUUUUCCUAUAAUGUAGACAUAAAGAAGCUACAGAGUAAAUAUGUUACACACUGAUCUGUGUAUCAUGAAAUACAUUACUGACUUGCCAAGAUUUAUUUGACCACUUUCUAGAUACUUCCUGAGACCGCUUAUAUUUUUUCAUCUUGCACAAUGACAGUGACUGCCAAAAGGAAUGAAUGUCCAGGAUGUUGCACAGAAAGGUUACUGAAGAAUUUCAACUCAGAAGUUCUCUUUAAAUAAUUAGCUUUUUCAUCACAUCAUUACAUCAUGUCUCAAAAUUUGCAACACGCCAUUCUACUACUUAUUAGAUCUUCCUGCAUAAUGCUUUCGAAAUUGUUUUCUAUUCCCGUCUCUGAAAGGUUUGUGGUUUAAUUUAUGAGCAAACUCACCAGCUGCACUGAAUUUGGUUGAUGGAAUAAUAUUGCUUGGUAAAUACUUUCUCAGAUUACUAAAUAAAUAAUUUUAAAAUUGAAGAUACAGUAAAAUAAUGGUGGUUUGAAAUUAGUUGCAUUUACAUGUGGCCACCCACUGCAAAAAUCAAGUGGCCGAAAGCAAAUCACUGAAGUGUCUGGUCUUCCUUGUAACAAGGGACAUUUGGAGUACACACAGGUGGAGAAGUAAAAGUAAUUAAUUUAUGCUUCUCUUCAGAGCCCUGCUCUCUUCUCUCUGCUUUUUUCUAACUUCUAAACAUCCAUGUUGUCUCCUCAGUCCCAAGUCAUGCUUCGACCUUUAAAGAUAAACGCAAAGUAUGAGAAAAUAUUUUAGACAGAUCAUCGUUUAUUUCCUGGGGGGAAUUGUUGUUUUGCUUUGACUUACACAUAAUCAGAACCACAUCACUUACUGCAAGUUUUGUGGUUUUCUGGCGAUUAUUAGUUAAUUGGUAGGUAAAUUUUUUUUAAAAUGGAAAAGUUUGGAUGGUCAGUCAGAAUAAAAUCAUUGUGUUUAAAAAAGAAACAUUCCACUGAAGUGUCUGGAAUUAAGGUUAUGAUACAACCUGUGCAAUGAUUGUUUAAAUAACCUUGGAAGACGUCAACUAAAAUUUUGUGCAGAAGUUCUUCAUCAGAGUGCUUAUAUCAAUCUCCGUCAAGUAAUCUCUACAGAAAAAACUCCAUAGGGAGAGGUGGCUUGCAGUAAUUGCAAACUGCACUUUUAACCUCUGGCUCAUAAAGAGGAAAACAAGUGCUGCUUUUUUAAAAGCACUCCAAUUUUAAACUUUCAUGGAAAUGACAAAGACAAUGCAAAUGUCAGCGUUUUGCAUUAGUGAAUCAGCUUUACAUAUUUUUGAAAAUUAUUAAUAAAAGAAAAAGCUACCAGCAUUGGAAUAGUAAAGAUAAAUCUUUACCUUCUGUUGGAUCGGUUUGUUUGGAAGAAGCACUUGUUACAUGAUGUGCAUUCUCAGAUAGAACUUAGGGUCUUCUGUUCCACUCAGAAGCUCUUGGAGAUUACAGGAAAAGCAAUAAUUUUCUGACUGCGAGUUGCAGCUUUCCCCAUAUCUCUUAUAGGUGCUCAUUUUCCUGUCACUUAAAUCCCACACUACGGGAGUUGCAGUGACCAUUUUGGUAAUGUUGCAGGUCAUUGCAUGGCACCCUUUGGGAUAUUUACAGCUGAGUGUCCUUUUCUGAUUAUGUGUGUUGCAUUUGACAGGGUUUGAUAUACAGCUGGUAUCCAUGCAUUUCACCUCUCCUUUAUCAAUCCUCUACAAAAUUAAAACAUUUGGAUUAUUUAGUGGUAAAUCCUUAGUUAAGCAUGUGAGCUUUAUUAUGAUCUCUUAGAACCACAAAAAAUGGUUGCAGGUUAUUCUUAAAUUUAUAACUGCAUGGUGCAAAGUCCAAAGCUCAAACAAACUAAAAUAACCCCAACAAACACCACUGUGUUACCCGAGGAGGAAGUAUUUCUUUCAGUGACAUUGAACGAGGAGGACUUUUAAGAUACAGGAAUCAUGGAGAUGGAAAAGGCUUGCAGUAAAAGCUUUGUUUUUCUUAAUUGAAUUGUGUUUCUCUAUAAUUAGAUAAUGCUGAUUUAUGACUCCUCCUCAGUGUUUCUUUUAGAAAAGCAUAUAGAGUGAAUUUUACAAAAUAUCCUAAACCUAAGUGGGGAUUUUUUUUUUUUUAAUGUCUUUCAAUUUUCUUCUAUUAAGAGAAAUACCAUGUAUGUGCUUUUCCUCAAAAUUACAAAAUUCAUUACAGAAUACCUUUGUUAUUUAAAAGAAAUAGUGAAGAUGGUGUGCUGUUAUAUUUAAGAGGUUUGUGGUUGUCAUGUUGCUAACAAGAACUGGUGGUCGUGCUAAAGCUGCUGUUCCAGAGCAUUCCUUAUGGCCUAUUUUCUCAUUAGAUUUUUAAUGCUAUUCUGGAUUUGUGAAAUAGGGUCAAUACUGAAAUUUCUCUUUUAAACUGCAGUUACAAAAAGAGGGUUAACUUCUUAAACUGUUAAAUUCAUGCUAUUUUUUUCAAUUUGCUGCUUCAGAAUUAAAGCUGACUUUCCUGCACCUGGAA